AUGUGGUCUCAGCAGAUCGGCCAUACCCGCUCGAGUGACACCACCAUCAUCAUGCGCGGUGUGCAUCGUCAGCAUUCCGUCGGCAUGUUCACCUCGCUGUUGCAGCAAACAUGCAGUAAAUCCCCGGAGCUCACAACGUUCAAUUUUGUCUACCUGCCAUGUGCCCGGGAGGACGACAAUGUUAACCUUGGGUUAGCGUUCGUAAAUUUUGAAACCCCUUCGUCCUGCAAGGCUUUUCUCGCAGUGCUGAAGAGUGAGAACGCCGGACAAUUUUAUGUCCGAUAUGCCGGGCGAGCAUCUCUGCAGGGUCGCUCUUUGAACCUUCUGCACCUGCUCAAGACGAGGGGGCACGAAGGACUCAUCGGACCCGGUGCUCCGCGAGUUUAUCGCAACAGCCAGAGAGUGUCGCUGUCCGAGAUCAUGCUCAAUGAGCUGCCUCGGGUCGAGCUGCAACAUGUACCCUGGGAGAAGAUUGUGGAAGAUGAGCUCAAAGCCAACCGAACGAAGGUGGUCCGAAAUGAGGCGCAUGUCCCCGAAGCCAACUGCCCGUCGUUGCCUGUGGCUGCGGGCAAGCUGCAGGCUGAGCUUUUGCAUGGCGCAAUUGACCCUAAAAUCAUCGCCCAGCGCCUGGCCAUGCUACAGGCGAACCAGCUGGAAGCCUCCAAAUACGAUCCGAAAGUCGUGCUUGCACGACUCGCAUGUCUGGAGGCUUCACGAACUUUGUCAACGGUGUUUCCGGUGCAAGAACAACUUACGCCAUAUCUCUGCAGCCCCGUGGUCAGGGCACCGUGGUUGCCGACCAUGCUGGACGUUCAGGGGCAGACGGCCUCACCACCACUUCGUCCUCUGGUUGACCCACAGACCAUUUCGAUGCGGAGUGUUUUCCUGUGA